GUCUGUCAGCACGAUGCCGAGCAAACCUGCGCCCAUCAAGAAGUCCCCAGCCAAGAAGGCUGCCGAGAAGGCACCUGCGCCCGCCCCGGAGCCUGAACCAGCUCCUGUAGAGGCUCCACCUGCGGAGGCUCCACCUGCGGAGGCUGCAGCUCCUGCCGAAGAGGCUCCGGCCGCGGCACCUCCUGCAGCUGAGGGAGAUGGUGCCCCCGUAGCCCCGGCAGAGGACGCCCCCGCUGCUCCUCCAGCUGAUGCUCCCGCUGCUGAUGCUCCCGCUGCUGAUGCUCCCGCUGCUGAAGACGGUGCUGCUGCUCCGGCUGCAGAUACUGCAGAUGCUCCAGCAGACGCCGCUCCAGCUGAACCAGCUGUAGUUGAGGAGCCGCCAAAGGCCCCCACGCCCCCGCCUCCUGCAGUCCCCACCAGCGCUCCUCUGGACGUCUCUGUGGAAGACGUGAACGACUCCAGCCUCACUAUUAAAUGGAAGACCCCAGAGACCAUCGGAGACUCCGGUCUGGAUGGAUUCACCAUUGAGUACUGCAAGGACGGAACUACAGACUGGGUUGUUGCUCAGGAGGAGCUCACCCCGGUUAACCGCUACUGCAUCAAGAAUCUGACGGCCGGCGACCUGCUGAAUGUGCGCGUGGUGGCUGUGAACCCGGGUGGCCGCAGUGAGCCUGCUACACUCGCGGCGCCAGUGCCAAUCCGCGAGGUUGUUGAUCGUCCCAAGAUCAAAAUGCCCCGCAACCUCAGAGUGCGAGUUGUGAGGCAGGUUGGAGAGCAGAUCAACUUGGUCAUCCCCUUCCUUGGAAAGCCCAAACCUGUGGUGUCCUGGCUGAAGGAUGGUCAGCCUCUGGACACAAAGAGGGUCAACAUCAGGAACAGUGACAAGGACAGCAUCAUGUUCAUUCGCACUUCUCAGAGGGACGACUCCGGUGUUUACGAGAUGUCCGUGAAAGUGGAAAGCUUUGAAGACAAAGCCCUCACGAUUCAGAUUGUGGAACUGCCCGGCCCUCCAACCAGCGUGAAGCUGGUGGACAGCUGGGGCUUCAACGCUGCCCUGGAAUGGACCCCACCCAAAGAUAACGGCAACACAGAGAUCACAGGAUACACCGUGCAGAAGGCAGACAGGAAGACAGGGGAGUGGUUCACGGUGCUGGACCACUACCACAGACUCACUGCUACCGUCUCAGACCUCAUCAUGGGAAACUCGUACUCCUUCAGAGUGUUUGCAGAGAACAAGGUGGGCACGAGUGAGCGCUGCGCUGUCACCAAGGCGGUGGCCACCAUCCAGAAGACAGGCAUUAACUACAAGCCUCCUGAGUACCCUGAGCACGACUUCAGCGAGGCACCCAAGUUCACCACCUCUCUCAGUGACCGCGCUGCCACCGUGGGAUACACAACCAAACUGCUGUGUUCUGUUCGUGGAAGUCCAAAGCCCAAGAUUGAGUGGUUGAAGAAUCAGAUGGUCAUCGGUGACGACCCCAAGUUCCGUAAACUCUCUAACCAGGGCAUUUGCUCCCUGGAGAUCCGAAAGCCCUGCAGCUUUGAUGGAGGUAUUUACACCUGCAGAGCCAAGAAUGCCCAGGGGGAAGCCACUGUGUCCUGCAAGCUGGAGGUCAAACAGAUUAUUAUUUCAGAGAAGGGGAAAUAAACCAACACCCAAAACUCCAGAGUGCCUUUAAGGGAGCUGCAGAAGUCCAGGUCUUAUGUGUGAAGAGUGUUUGCGGAGGUGAGAUAAAAAGUUGUGGCUGUCCAAGUGUCAGCGUGUACAUAAUGAAGAAAGAGAAAGAAAACCAUACCAACAUCAUCCCCACCCACCCAGCCCUAACAACUCCUUUCAGAAUGUGAGGAAGACCCACCCAUCACAUCCCAGUUUGCCAAAUGUUGUUGGUGACAUGUACUGUCUGUAUGUAAGUCUAAAUUUACCAUGUUUUUUUUUUCUGCCUGUGUCCAUGUGCUGUUUAUUACAGUAUAUAUAUGUACGACAUAAUAAAACAGUAAAUCC